AUGGAACGAGCAAAGCCCCAGGCGUUUCAAUCCAGCUACGCGCCGCGCCUGCGAGCAUACAACAACUCGCUGCUCACGCCCGUGCUGCCCAGCGCGCCCAGUGUCAACCCCCUUUCCCGCACAACCAAGCGCGGCACCACGGUAAUCAAUUACGCCGAGGACGGCUACGACGACCUCGAAGAUGACAGCGAUGACCCAAGACGUCGGCCCACAGGCUUGCGCAGCCUGCGCAUGCACGACACCAAAGGCCUGGACUGGUCCGGCAAAGCGGGCAAGGACACUCUCCAACCCGUUCACCUCCAGCCCAUCUGGCGCGACUGGAUGGGCAAGACGAGAUCCAUACGCAGCGACCAGCAGACCGCCGCGCAGUCCAACCUACCGCUAACGCUGAUACCGAUCCGAAUUGACCUUGAUGUGCCCUCCUUUGUGCCGCAACCGCCAUUUCCCCCACCCAACACACCUGGUGUCGACCUCUCUCUGCCGCAGUACCGACAGCAGGAGCUGACGGUGCCUUACAAGCUACGCGAUAUCUUUUGCUGGAAUCUGCAUGAGACGCUGAUUACGACAGAUCAGUUUGCGCAGACGCUGGCCCAGGACCUGGACCUGCCCAACAGGCAACACAUUGCCGCCGACAUUAGCAAACAGAUUCGCACACAGCUGGAGGAGUAUGCGGGUGUCGCGCUUCAUCCCCUCUUUCACUCCGACCAGCCUGUUACGCUGCCGCAGCCCGCGCAACCCGCUGUAAAUGCAACCACAACAAGAGACCGACCCUUGACCCGAGACAUUUCGCCAUACUCUGCCGCGCGUUUUCUCUCGAGGGCAGACACGCCGGCCCAGGCGCCAGCUGCUACGCCGGCAACGCCGGUGCCAGGACAGGCGACCGGCGUACCUGCUGUCACGGCCGAAGCGACGGCCAUUCUCCCCGACUCGGACGAUUUCAACCCCGAUGACACGUACCGAUGCAUCAUAAAUCUCAACCUCAACAUGUCCUCGAUGCUGUACACCGACAAGUUCGAGUGGUCGCUGCUCCACCCACCUGGCACGGCAGAGCUCUUUGCUAAGACGACGUGCGCCGACCUGGGCCUGCACGGCGAGUGGGUACCGGCCAUGACGCACGCCAUUUACGAAGCGGUCCUGCGGUUGAAGAAGGAAGCCUGCGAGGUGGGCGGGUUGGUGACAGGCUGGGGUGGCCUCCAGCAGGAGCUGCCAAAUGAUGCGGCGCUCGGCACGGAAGCCGGCUGGCGCUACGACCCGGACCACCUCGCCGAGGACUGGGAGCCCAAGAUUGAGAUUCUCAGCAAGGAGGACAUGGAGAAGCGCGAGGGCGACCGCGAGCGCCAGGUGCGCCGCCUUCGCCGCGAGACGGCGCGCUUCAGCUCCACGACGGGCAUGCUCACUGGCACGCCGUUUGGUGGUGCCGGAGCCGUCGGCGCGCCCGCCACGCCAUAUGAGCCCGAGGAGGAGCGCAUGGGCCGCGGUGAGCGCUCCAAGAAGAAGCGUCGCUUCCGCAGUCUCAGUCCCCUCGGCCGCGGCGGCACGCCAGGCGGUCGCGGCACACCCGACGCGGGCGGCUACGGCGGUGGUGGCGCGCUCACCGACGCGGAGCGCUUCAACUGGCGGUGCCUGCACUGCCGCAUCUGGGGAUCCAGCGUGUGGGCUGUCCGCGAUGGUCCAGCAGGUCCUAGAACGCUCUGCGCCAACUGCGGUCUCUUGUACGAGCGCGAUCGCAAACUCCCUCGACAGACCAAGAACCUCCAUUUACAGGAUGUACGCGCCGGUUGA